AUGAUGGAAGGCAAAUUAUAUGUGAAGAAUGAGCCGGGACUUGAAGGGCAAUCGCUUACGAAUCCGCAGCCCGCCAAUCCGCCCGUCGAGGACGGCGGAGGUGCGAGGAUCUGCUUCGUCUGUGGUGCCGUUGGCCACAGCGAGCAGCAUUGGCUACGUGUGAAACCGGGUGGAGCGCCCAACGAGCCCUACUUCCCGUUCCUCGAAUCACACGAGCCGCCGAACGGCUAUCGCGGCGAGGGUGCCAGAAGUGGCGCAGUGAAGGCGUGCAAUCUCUGUUACAUUGUGCUGCUGCAGCAAUGGGAGAGUUACGAGCGAGAGGCAAGGCCUCACAGCCAGCGGAUUUAUUGGUUGAAGAGAUGCGAUGGUGGCCCGUUCACGGGAGCCGAGAUGGCACUUCAGGGCGAAUACGCCGCCCAGGUGUUGGGCCUGACGAACGAUCAGGCGCCGCAGCUGAGACAGGAGAGCCGGCCCUCGGUCGGCAUCUCGCCGCGAUUACCGCCGAGCUCGCCCUCGCCGAGGGUCGAGCAGGCCAGACCGCCGUCGAAUUCGGUCGAGCUGCCAAGGCCGCAUUCUAACGCGACGGAAACGCACCGGCACCUGGAACAGGCGAGGCUCACCAUGGAAUCUCCUCAUCAUAGAUUGCAGUCGCCUCAUCAGAGAUUGCAGAGUCCACGGCAACCCGUCGAGGAUGCUAGAAUAUCCAAUGAGGCGGCGUUGGAUCUGAGACACGCGCCUAGAAGCUCACCUGCGCCACAACCCACCUUACCGCCACAGCCUCCAGCUAUCUACAGCGGCGGCUCGUCGUCCAGCGUCGGCACGGACAUCCUGGAUCUGUCGAUGCCGGACAAGAACUCGGUCACGGAAGUCUGUUACGUAUGCGGGGACGAAUUCAAGAGGGGAUCGCUCAGUCACAUCGCUGCGAAGCCACUGCCAUCACCGCCGCAUCCUUCUACCAGUCCCCCGCCGUUCUUUCCGUCACUGAUGCUUCAUCCCAGGCCGAGUAGAAGUCGACCUAUGGACAGCGCCGGUCGAGUACAGGCCUGUUCAGCGUGCCAGAAUCAUCUUUUAUUACAAUGGAAAGCGUACACGCGACAAGGAGUACCGCAUGGUGAACGAAAUUAUACGCUUCGCAAGCGGCAAGCGCCCGCAAUGGAUACAACCACGUUUAUUUGCUACACUUGCGCUCUCGAGUACCCUUCGUCCAGUAUUAGACUUCUGUAUUGCUGUCCUAAUCCCGAGAAGGAGGCGUACUUUCCUUUUAUUUAUACUCUGAGACCUCCGCCAGGAGCUAGUCCUAUUAGUCCUCAGGGAAUGGUGCAAGUUUGCUCCAUCUGUUAUAAAGCUAUUCCGCAAAAGCAGCAAGUAUUUGGUGGAGAGAAUCGCGAGGCACAGCCAGCGGGGCAAAGCGUAGAUUUCCGUCAACAAGGUCCUUCGCCACGGCCCGCUGUUCCGAAGUCGCCAGCUAAUUCAGCCGGCAGUGACAUCCGUUUUAAACCAUAUGAUUUAAAUAAAUCGUCAGCCGUUACGAAUAAGCAGCGCAGCAGCACUACGGCAAAAGCUCCCUCCACGCCUGGGCAACGAAAUUCACCUAGCAACGUUCCUGCGGAAAACGGGACCGUUGCGCUUGGCCAAAAUUACAAAUGUUACAUCUGCGAGAGAUUGUACGACCGUCAGAACAUGGAAUGGUUAUCCACGAGCCCGGAGGGAAUGAAUUCGCACGCCAUGCACUUUCCUUGCUUGCGAGGAAUGGCGCGCACGUCUGAAAAUGCCUGUAUGGACAGCCACGGCAGGGUAUUAGCGUGUACUAACUGUGUGAAUCAUCUUGCGCAUCAGUGGGACACUAUGGAUGCCGAACGGAUUCCUUUAGAACGUCGCAGGUACGAUAUUCCUAGUCCACAUCCAAAUGGCGACGUAAACCGGUCAAUCGCCACGCCACCGAGUUCCAGUUCGGACCGUACGUUCGGGAGCAACCCGGGCACCUCGAGCAGCUCAAUCUAUUGUUUCCUAUGCGGUUUGCACAGCGACUUAACUCUCGCCAGAGUCCUGUAUGGUCGUCCGCAGGGUAGAAACGCGCCGUUCUUCCCGGAACUGCUGCGUCAUCAGUCACCACCGAACGCCGAGCAGCUCCGUGACGACGGCUCGGCCCUCGUCUGCACAUUUUGUUAUCACACGCUGUUGGCGCAGUGGCGCCGAUAUGAAUCUCUCUCCGGCGGCCAGCAAGUGAAUGCCGCCGAGCGACAGUACAACACUCGCGACUACUAUUGCUACGUCUGCGGCAUCAUGACGUACAGAAAACGAGUGCGAGCGUUGCCGGUGAAAGAUUUUCCCUUCUUGAGGUACCAUCGGCAGCCGGAGAAGAGUCUGCUGUUGGAGAACGGCGAUUUCGCGGUGGUCUGCCUGGACUGUUACGAGACUCUGCGCACGCAGAGCCUCGAGUACGAGAGAUGGGGUCUACCGGUCGAGAAGCGCGAGUACAAUUGGAUCGUGCAGCCUCCACCGCCCGAGGACAGCCCCGACGCGGCCAUCGCUAGGUUACCGUCCGGCGAGAGAUCGGAGAAAGUGGUACCACCAACAUUAAGGCCGGCGCGAAAGAACUGCUCACCAAAGGCACCCGAUAAGAAGGCACCUGCAAAAAUUCCGGAGAAGGAACAAGGUCUACAGCCUGCCAGCACCAAAGCCCAGCCAACCUCGAUGGGCAAGUGCCACCGACCCAGUUCCGGUGUUCUACCUCAGGGUCACACCCCGGGACCUGGACCGGGUGGACAGCAGAACAGCAGGAGCUUCGCCGCCGCCUUGAGGAACCUGGCCAAGCAGGCGGGUCCGGCACCUCAGGAAGAGGAGCCCCGUGCGAGCCCGAAGAACCGGGCGCCACCGCCCUUGGUCAGGGGUCCGUCCCCUGCUAAGGAGCGAUCGACGCACGAACGGCGACCCGAAGAGAUUCCUUCCUUGUACACGACUACUGCCAGACCCGUUGAAACCAGCAAGCACAGCGUAACUGCCGCGGCUUCCGAAUUGCUGGCUCGCUCUGGUUUCCAACCAUAUCGGCCCGAGCACCAUCCGGCUCAUCCACCGGCGUUCACCUUGGACCCCUCGACCUAUAGCGCCUAUCAUCCUGGUCUCUAUCCACCGCCGCAUCUGCAGCACGCUUAUAGGUUAGAGGAACAGUUGUACUUGGAACGAUGCGGGAUGCUGAGACCGCCGUUGUUCCCUGGACUGCCAUCGUAUCCUCUGUACGGGCUGAGAUACAGUCCGGACAUGCUUGCUCCGCCGCCCGCCUCGCUGGGCCUCAUGUCUCCCGUGAUGCAUGAACGGCUCAAGCUGGAGGAGGAGCACAGGCUGCGGCAAGCACGGGAGCAGGCUGCACUACGGGAGGAGGAGGAGAGGAGAAGAGCGGCGAGAAGUUCUGCUCCCGCUGCCCCGGUACCCGCGCCUGCACCUGCAUCCGCCGAUACUGCAGCUAGGAAGCCGACCAUAGCGGCUCAGAUGCAUAGCGACCGGGACCGAGAACGCGAUGGCAGGGAACGACAGAGUGGUAGCGGUAGCGCCAGUAACAGCAACAGCGGAGGUGGCGGUGGCGGAAGCAGUGUCGGUGGUAAUACCAGUAACACCAGUAACAGCGGCGGAAACAACACCAGCAACACCGGAAACUCCAGUAACAGCAACAUCAGCGUAUCCGUCACCGCUAGCAGUAGCAGUCACCAUCAAUCCCGCAAAGAGGAGCAACAGUCCUCCGCUCCGCCAGCUGCGGCCGCACCACCACCUACCGAUCCAGCGGCGGCAGCCGCAGCAGCAGCAGCAAUUACAAUCUAUUCUCGUCUGCCACCUUUUCCCAGUCCAGCACCGCCCAUAGGACCAUCCCUGGGCACUACUUCCAUAUGCUCCGCCAGCUCUGCACCCAUACCGCCCCCUUUGGGAACCACUUUGCCUCAUCUGAACCUCGGACCGCCUCCGACGGCCAUAAGUUCGGCGCCGAUCGGUCCACCGCCGAUACCCUCGAUACCCUCCAUCCCGUCCUUGACGCCGAGCGUAAUAGGACCACCGCCGCCGCCGCCACUAUCCCUAGGCAUGUCUCUUCCGCCUAUCAUCUCCAUUCCUUCUCUCCAUUUACCCCCCGUACCGUCGAGUACCAUUCAUUCUAGUCAGCACACAGCCACGAUAAUGAGUAGCGCGACUAAUACGGUCACCACUUCCAUUUACCAUCAGCAACAGCAUCAGCAACAACCACUCCCAUCGCAACAACAGCAGCAGCAACAGCAUCAACAACGCGCGAGCAGUACAAACGGUACGACGACUACGAGUUCUCUGUCUAAUGCGAUGACGACUCACGCGGCUCUAACGCCGCCGAACGUUUCUUCGUCGACGUUGAGCGUGACGAAUCAUACGUCCCGCAAAUCCCCUCCGUUAGCUCACGGCGUUCACAGCGUGACCAGAAACAAGGAACUGCCGACGACCGCGACGACGGUGGGAUCAUCGUUGCCCACGACGGCGACAAUGACGACUACAACGAGUACUACGACUACGUCGCAGCCGGCCUUUGUUAGGCCGUUCGAGGACUCGUUCCGCUCCUCUUCUACAAAAACGCAGCAGCGGCCAAUAAUGAACAGUCAUAAUCACAGUAUAGCCAAUCAAAUUGGUCAUCACGAGCCACCCUUGAAGUCCUCGUCAAUGAUCACCUCUCAAGCUGUGGGCAGUCAAGUGUUGCAGGAGAGCCCUUCGACGAUGGACAGCAAGUCUAUGAGCAGCCAGCAAACGCUCUGCCAAUCGAUCCCUUAUCCAUCGCCGCAGCAAUACCAUCAUCCGCAUAUACCAGUCUCGCACGUGCCAAGUUUGUACAAACCGCCGCACUUCUCGUCGUCGUCGUCGUCGUCCUCGUCAUCGCCCCAUCAGUCCCAUCAUUCUCAGUCCAAGCUCAACGUACCGAUAAUAAAUACCAGCAGCAGUCACGGCGGUAAUAGCGGCGGCAUAACCGUCGUCUCUAAUUCCAACGGUACGAAACAGAACGCGCAUCACGUCGGCGAGGCCCAUCAGACGACGACAACAGCCACGACGACGACCACGACAACUACGCGGAACGACAGCACGGCCAAUUGUGUAUCCAGCGAGAAAGCGGUAAGCAACGCCAACAGUUUCACCGCCAAUAGUCAAGUUACCAGUUGCGCCAGCAAAAUCGCAAAUCAUGCAAGCUCGUAUCACAAGGGUAGCUCGGACAUCGCGGCGAAGGACGGCAAGCUGAACGCGUGCAACGAGAAGAUCGCGAGCGAGAGUCCGAUCAGACAGCCGCAGUUGUCGAAUCAGAAUCACGUAGCUGCGAACUCGCUCCAGGAGAAGGCCUCCGUCUCGCAUCUGCCUUACGAACAGCAGGGAAAGAGUCUACCGCUCUUUCAUCCUGUGAACUACAAUUCCGGCGAGAAGGAGUGCAAACCCGAGGUCGAUUAUACUAAGACGCAAUGCGAUCAGAACAACGUCUUGUCCACAUUACCGUUUCAACCGAACUUUAAGUUCAGCAUAAGUGACAUUGCGCAGAAGCCCAUGGACACGACGCAGCUGAUGCAGAGCAUCAAGUCUGAGGAGGUGUUGCGCACUUGUCAGAACGUCUCUAACGUGCUCUUGCAGAUCCCGAAGUAUCAGGAGAAGCUCCUGAAUUUUUCGGCGAGCAACAACGAGCUGAAGACGACCGCGUUUUUUACCGACAAGUGCAAUAAUUUGACUGAGAUUUCCGUGAAGUGCGAACCAGCGGUGCUAAACGUGCCUGACCUCAGCAAGGCUCUGGUCAAGCAGCAGGACGUUACUAGCAACGAGAAGUCCUUCCUGGUGCCUGAGAGACCGAAGGAGCUGACGUCGACCCUCGAUCUGGCCGAGAAGCGGCGUAAACGGAAGAGGGAGAAAAGUACAGGCGUUGUAAAUGAAAGGAAUGCGUGUAGCUCCGACUCGGAAGACGAGGAGGAAACCAAAGACAUGGAUCUUUGGAUCACGAAAGGUCCGCCAGCCAAGCUACAAUAUUCGGAAGAGAAAUUGACCUUCCUAGCUAUGUUCGGAUUGACUACUCUGACGAUUAGGAAUGAGAUGGAAUUGUGCAAGGUUGAGAAAAGGUACAGAUUGAAUCCCGAUCCACCAGAACUACCUCUGGAAGGAGAGCCCGUAAUCGAGUCUGUCUUACCGAUUCCGCGUGAGCAUCCGGACGUUUUACUCCACACGCCCGAUUUCGAGCCGAAAGUCGGCUUUCUCAGGACUAUAGGUCUCGAUAUUAUGCCUCCAAACAAGAGAGACGAGGCGGAAGUGACAUGGCAGUACAUUCUGGCAGAUCGCAAGAAACGAAAGAGCGCGAACUCCGUUACUGCCUACUGUGAAAGAAUCGCCAAAGUUUACUCUAAGGAUCCUCCAGCUUUACCAAAACCACCUCAAAAGAUGCGCCUUCUGGACAGAAUUAAGGUGAAACACAUUCCGGAACGUCCACCACCGCUACCACCCUUGGUUCCGAAUAUUGUUUCGAUGUAUUAUCCUACUUUACCCAUGCCUGGUGAGAACGGCGUGAAACAGCACUGCAAAACUAUCGACAUUAGCGAGAGCGCCGACGAAACGUACGAGAAACGAGGUGAUAAGCCGAGGUGGACUGGAAUCGAGGAUGUUAUGUUCACCUACAAAGAGUAUCUGAAAGACAAGGCACUGGAGAGGAAGAUUCUGACAAGCGAGACAUCAAAACUGGUGGCGCAGUACAACGGCCUGCGUACCGAGACUAUUCAGGUAGAACGGAAGUACUGCGAGCUCCUGUCCAUGAAAACAGCCCUUGAGUCCGAGAAGCGAAUGCUCAGCGACAAAAUCGAAAGGAUCAACGCACUUGUUAGGAACCUUAGAUAGCGUUGCGUAACGCACAACACGGAAACUCAUUCAUCUGUGAUAUUAUCAGCGGGUUAAGGGCCGUUAGCGCGCAAUACGCACUGCUAAACGUAACACUUAGAUAAGUAACGGUUAAGGACAGAUUCUUGAGUGACCAAAUGUACAGCGAUUCUUUGUGUUGUUUUGCGGAUUUUAUUAUUAUAUAGUACAACGCGCUCGUUUAUCGUCGACGAUUGAUCGUGUCGAAAAAAUGGAGACCAUUGGAUUCUCGGCUGGUCCGCAGCAGGCAGUGAUCGCGUCCGGCUGAACGUUACCGCACUAUAAUUACUAGAUAUUAUUUUUGUGCGCAUCUCGGUCGCGUAUGCGACCGAUCCUCGAUCGUAAAAUGCGGCGGAGUCAUAUCAACCGUACGUGGAUAUGUAUAAAGUUCAUUGUACAAAUCGAAUUGUAUCCCAUCCGUGGAAGGCAGUUUUUACGACCGCGAGUAAAGGGAAAGAAAAAGCUUUCUAGUUUCAGAAACUAACGGCUCUUACACUCUGAGCAUAAAUAACUGUAAUUUGUAUCAUAAUAUUUUAAUGAAAAAAAAAAAUAGACAAAUCGUGUAACUUAUUUUAUUCAGCGUAAUGUGGACUUUUACGUCGAGUAAAAGGAGGGAGAACAACUUGUGGGAGGAAAGAAUAUGAUGAUAUAUCACGCAAUUUGUAUGUCGACCGAUUGAUAAAGUUAAGAGGUAGAACGAGAGAGGACAUUAUUAUAUAGGAUCGGAAGAGGACAUCGACUAUAUAUCGGACUGGCAGUGUCGAGAAACCGCUCGCACACAAACAGCGAACUACGUCCUUAUUUUUAUGUUUAAUAUAGUAAUAGUACGUGGGGUGAAGCGGAUUUAAUCCAUAAGAAGCAGAUAGGCGUUAAUGCUCGACGCGGAAACCUCGAAACCUCGUUGCGAGCGAAUCUGGACACGAGGAGGGAAAAUUAUGGACGCGCGAUAAAACAUUUCACGCGUGUUUCGCGAGUUUUAAGUUUUCGAAACAACGUCAACGGGGAGACACGAGAACUCUAGUCUACGGACAUACCCAGACUACACGGGGAAUAAAUAAAUCACGCACUGAUACGCGUAAGAGAUCAGAGUAGUGAGCAAUCCUUCCUUUCGAAUGUCCACACCGUUCACCGUGACGAACGCAAAGGCCAGUGAAGAGUACGGGGAGGAGCGUUAAUUAAUUAACGUUGCGUAACACGACAACGUGGUACUUAGGUAAUGCGACUUAAUUUUUAAAGGGAAGAAAAGAAAAAAAAGGAAAAGCAAAUAUCGUGAGAGAGACUUCGCGCGGAGCACAUUCCACAUGAAAAUGCUUAUUACCCGACCACCAACAUUCCAAUACGUCUAAUUCACUACGACAAUCGGACCUUGGAUUCGACAUGAGCCGAUAUGGCGAACAAAAUUUUCGAAGAAACUCAUUCUCUAUUGGUCUACUGUUUCUCUUUCUUUUUUUCUUUUUACGUUUCACGCGUCCAAGUCAUAUAGUUGCGCUCUAUUUUCCGCACCUCGGUAUCCUUCAAACUUAUCUCGCUCUCGGGUGUAUGUGUGUGUACGAUGUGUGUGUGUGUGUGCGCGCGUGUGCUCUUUGAGUGCAUCUUCUCGUCGAUACAUCACAUGCCGUAGAAGCACCACUCGCCCACGAUGCGCGCGAUAAGACUACCACUUAUGAUUUCGCCGUUUUGAGUUCAUUGAGUGCCUAACAUUUCUCUCUACAUUUGUAAAUACCAUUAUUUUUAUGUAUUAUGUAACAAAGGGGGGGACCGCAAGUGCGCGCCGGUCUCAGUCAACUGGCCAGAACAAGAGCCUAGGAGUAAAUUGUUGAAAACAUGAA